CCCCGAGCUCCCCCCCUCUUCGCGUCCGCCUCCGUAUCGAUCUUGCGUCGCCAACCCUAAUCCUACUCCACAGAUCUGUUCGCCGCAGUUGAUCUCCCUGCCAAAUCGCGCCAUUCCUCGAGAAUCCCCAUCGCUGUUCGAGAUCUUACCUCUAGGCUUGGCGUGUGGGGAUCCUUUGUUCUUCGUCGCUUGGUGCGGUUGGUUUGGUUUCUGGGUCGAAGUCGAUACUGUAGGGUGGAGGCGUCUGAGUUCUUCUGGCGCAUCCUAGAUGAAGAAGCGGAGAGGGAUCGAAGUCUCUGCAGCGGAAAAGGUUGAUGGGUUGAAUAAGGAUAUGAAACGGAGGUUGAUUAUGAGCGAUUCGGAGUGUAACUUGGAUGAUUGCCUCGCUUCUUUGCGGAGGGCGGAUCGUGGAGUUAGUCGAAAUGGGGACAACUCCAUCUGCGGCGAAGACAAUGAGGCGGAGAUGAAAGAAGAGGAGGAGAAUGCGGAUGUAGAUAAGAAAGAAAAGGUUUUGAAGUCUUAUGAAGGAACUCAAACUGAUGAGGUCGCAGUUUCUUGUAAGAAAGAAGUGUUAGAGACAGAGCUCGAGAGGAAGUGCCGAAUAGAGUCAUCUCGUGCUGAAGUCCAAUCAGAAAAGUCAAAAUUGGAUUCUUCGGAACAAGGAGGAAAGAAGAAAUUUCUGUCUGGCGGGAAUAUGUCUAAAACUGUUAUUUCAGAUGGUGUGGAUGAAAAAGAGGAGAUGAAUGUGCACAAAGAAGGAAGUUCCAAAUCCUCAGUCCCUGCAAAGAGGAAGAGGGGUCGAGUAAUGGAGAACCAAACACUGACAAAUUUACAAAAAACUGGGAAGACGGAAACUGAAAAGAACAAGCUGAUAGAAUCACCAGAUAAGCAGAAACUUGAGGCGAAGGAUAACAGUAGCUGUGUCACCGGAGACAGGGCAGAAGACAUUGGUGUUUCACGACCCAAGGAUGAUAUUCUGAGGAUGCAAGGGAAAUCUGGCGUCUUGCGAGUACUACCUAGUAAUAAGAAGGUUGAUGGGCUUGAGAACCAUUCUAAAAGGAAUUAUGAAGAGGUCUCAAAGGCCAUAAGCUCUCGUGGUGUAGCUACCCGUGCCGCACUGAAGCAACAAUCCCUGUCUCCCUUUGAAAGAGUUGAUGAAAAUUCAAGCUUAGGUGCCUCGCCGAGCAAAAAUGAAUUGAGAAAGUCAAAAAAGGACAGUCUCAAGAAAAGUGCAAACAGACGUGAAACACUGCAGAAGAAUGUUUUUCAUAAAACAAGAAAAAAGAAAGCACAUAUUUCAAAGGGUAAGACUGGUCUGAGAACAAAGAGCAACUCCAGUGCAGAAAGUGUUGUUAAGGCAAAACAAGUAUCAGAGAGUGCAAACGUAUCUCGCAGAACUGAAAAACAAAAACUUAGAGAUCAGUUAAAAGAUAUACUUCUUAAUGCUGGUUGGACAAUAGAUCUGAGGCCAAGAAGAGGCAGGAACUAUGAGGAUUCUGUUUACAUACCUCCUGAAGGUCAUGGUGGUUAUUGGUCAAUCACAAAGGCUUAUGCAGUGUAUCAGGAACGUCUAAAGAGAACAAACAAAUCGGAGGGUAAGAUUUCUUCUGGAAGGAACUGCAGAACACCUUCUGUGAGCGACCCUAUCAUACCCUUGGAGUCACUUGAUUUACUGAAAAGAGUUGUUGUUAACAAGAGAAGAAGAAGGAUAGAAGAGUCUGAAGAAUCCCCAAAGUAUAAAGGGAAGAAAGUAAAGAAAAAAUCUGACAAGAGACAUCCUAGAGAUCAAGCUACUAAGGGUAAGUUGACUUCAGACUCAAAGUUUUCUGUCGGUUCCACAUCUUAUAAGAAUCAUCACAACGGAAGAAGCAGACAGAGAGGAUGCACCCUAUUGGCCCGUGGUAUUAACCAUAAGUCAGAAGCUGAUGACGCAGAUUAUGUCACUUACAGGCAUAAAAGGACAGUUCUUUCAUGGAUGAUAGAUGUGGGUGUAUUGCCCAUAAAUGGAAAAGUGAAGUAUAUGAACCAGCGAAUGACUAAAACAAAGUUGGAAGGCUGGAUAACUAGAGACGGCAUUAACUGUAGCUGCUGUGGUAAAAUCCUUUCUCUAUCAAACUUCGGUCUUCAUGCUGGUAACAAACUUAUACAUCCAUCACAAAAUAUAUUUUUGGAGGAUGGAGAAAUUUCCCUGUUGAAAUGCCAGCUUGAGGCAUGGAAAAAACAGGGUGAAUCUGAACGGCAAGGAUUCUACAAUAUUGAUGUCAAUGGUGAUGACCCUAAUGAUGAUACCUGUGGUAUCUGUGGCGAUGGUGGCCCCUUAAUCUGUUGUGAUGGUUGUCCUUCGACCUUUCAUCUGGCUUGCUUGGGCAUCGAGAAGCCUCCUCCUGGAGAUUGGCACUGUACCAACUGCUGCUGCAGGUUCUGUGGGCAGAUCUCUACUGAUCCUAGUAGUGCAAGCUAUGAAACAGUUUCCUUAUUGCUUUCUUGUCACCAGUGUGAGGCAAAAUACCAUGAAGAUUGCAUUCCUGAGACAGAAUAUAUAUCUGCCACUUCCAAGAGUACUGCCAUUUCUUUUUGUUCCUCAAGUUGUAGAAAGGUUUUCCGAGGACUAAAGAAGAUUCUUGGGAUGAAGAAUGAUAUUGAAUCAGGAUUCUCAUGGACUGUUGUCAGGCGUUUUGAUGAGGAUUCUUCUAAAUCUCCAUUACAGUUCCAUCAAACGGCUGAAUCCAACUCAAAGAUUGCUGUCGCCCUUGCAGUUAUGGAUGAGUGUUUUCUGCCUAUUGUUGACCGGAGAAGUGGCAUUAACCUUAUUCAUAAUGUUGUGUAUAAUUGUGGAUCAAAUUUCAGUCGGCUGAAUUACAGCGGUUUCUACACUUUUAUUUUGGAGCAUGGGGAUGAAAUUAUCUCUGUGGCAUCUAUCAGAAUUCACGGAACCAGACUGGCAGAAAUGCCUUUCAUUGGGACAAGAAACAUGUAUAGACGUCAAGGGAUGUGCCGUCGGCUACUUAGUGGAAUUGAAUCAGUUCUCUCUUCCCUUAAUAUUGAAAAGCUGGUCAUACCUGCAAUUUCUGAAUUAAAGGAAACAUGGACUAAUGUAUUUAGCUUUAAGCAGCUUGAGGUUUCUCAAGAAUUAGAAGUUAGGUCCAUAAACAUAUUGGUUUUUCCUGGUACUGGUUUACUACAGAAGCCACUGCUGGAAAAUCAUUCUUCUAAACAUGAUACGCCUGUUGAUGAAGUUGGAGUCAUUGAAUACGACAUCAAAGAUCAUCAAGAUAUAAAGUCAGCUCAUGAUUCUUCUGAGCUAAUUGCUGCUGAAGCCGAGCCCCAUAACUCUGCCCAGGCUGUUGGCCAUUGCGGAAAUGCUACCGAAGAUUCAUCUUUUAUUUCAGAUGAUUCUGCUGAUCCUAUUAACAAUGGCAAAUCUUCCCAGUAUUUGUCAGUAGAGACUGCUGGUGAUGCUUGCACAAACAUUUUAUCUAGAGGAGGUAAAACAAGUUUCCAUAGUGAAGAAAAAUCCGAAGUCGAUCUUACAACUGUUCAGACAACUGAGUUAAUUGGCAAUACUUCUGAUAUUAUUGAGAAUAAAAUUGUAGCUGUUGAUGCAGUAAAAGAUCAGCAAGAAUGUGACAUAGUUUCCAACUCCUAGUUGUUUUGGCCUUUUUGGUCUGCUCCAAUUUGAGGCCAGUGUACAUUUUGCUUUAAACAUGAAAGGAUCCUUACAGUCGUCCAAAAUAAUUCACCUCCACAGGAUGAGUACAGGAGUACAUUGAACAUCUUGUAUGACCCUUAUGGAAGUAAACCUAGCUGCUAAUUAAGAAUCAAUCCAGAGUGUAGAUUGAAUGAAAGCUGAAGUUGAUGCCAUUGACCAUAGCUCUCCUGUAAAUGAUAGAUUUUUUAUCUUCUGUUUUUGCAAUCGUCAGUAUAUCUAUGUUUUUCUGGUGCUGCAGAAGAAAAUAUGCUUCUUACCUGUUGUUGUUGUUAAGUGUUA